GUGGUGAGGCCCUGGCACAGGUUGCCCAGAGAAACUCCUCAUCUCUGGGAGUGCUCAGCAUCAGGUUGGAUGGGGCUUUGGGCAACCUGGUCUGAUGGAAGGUGUCCCUGCCCAUGGCAGGGGUUUGGAACUAGAUGAUUUUUAAGGUCACUUUCAACCCAACCCAUUCUGAGAUUCUUGUUCCGGGAAGAGAUGGAUGUGUGUUGCUUUCAAAGGCAGACCAUUUCAUCCUGGUGUUUUAAGGGGAGGUUCAAGUUAAGGAAGAUGUAGAGAUGACUUUUCCUUGCCUCUGGGUGUUUUGGAAAGGAUCCUGGGUUUCCAGGAUGCUCCCAAAAAGCAGAGAGUAGCUGGCAACGGGCUUCAAAGGGGGGGGGUUGAAAAGCUGCUGAUCAAACACACUGUGACUUAUCAUUUGCAGGCUACUAAAGCCAUUUGGGGCUUAAGCUCCCCAGAACCAGAGAGGAUUUAGCUGGCAAGCUUGUGAUGGAGCCCUGGGCCCCUGCCCAGCCGCCCCAGCCCCGGGAGAGGCUGGCAGCCCGGGGCUCGUGGGCAGAGGGGCACCCCGGCCCCCCGGCCCCGCUGCGGCGGCACCUCCUGCAGUCGGGGCAGGCUCCUCGGCCCGGCUCCUGGCACGGGAGACACCUCCCUGGUCACCCCUGGGACGAGGGCCAGCACCCCCGCAGUGACAGCCGCCGGCCGGCUUCCCGCGCUGAGAGCAGCUACCCCAGCCAGCCCCACUCCAGGCAGGGCUAUGAAGAUCCCCACUGGCAGUAUCCUGCAGCUGGCGACAGGGAUGGCUACCCCUACCAAAGCCAGCAGUGGCAGCCAGUGGCGUGGCACGAUGACAGAGACCUGAGGCCAGGAGAGUCUCAUGGCAAGAGUUACCGGGACCAGCACUACUACAGGGGCUACCACCCCAACCUGGCCACGGGCCCCCCAGGGCACGACAGGACACAGAGCUACAACUCCUAUGAGGAGAGCUACACCUCGACUGCCAGGAGGGAAGGGACAGGGGAAGGAACCCUCAGCAGUGAUUCGGGGGAGGCUGGUGGCUGGUCCAAAGAGCCCUCGGGCCAGCCCAGCCUGCUCCUGCAGUACCAAGAGUCAGGACUCAGCUCCAGCAGCCAUGAGCUGAGCCAGUACAUCCGUGACGGUGCCGACGACUACAACCCUGUGCUUCCAGGGUCCUGGAACGUGGGACAAACAGGGGAGCCCUCGGUGUCCACCCCGACCCCAGCAGUCCCCCUCAAGUUCCCACAGCUGCACACAGCACUGUGCUUUGGAGCCGGGGGUCACCUGGUGCUGGUGUGUCCCCACCACCCUGGGGGACAGCAGCUGCCCCGUGUCGAGCUGCACAGCCUGGAGGCAAUCCUUCAUGGCACAGAAGAGCUAGAGGAGCUGCAAGGCUUCCCUGGGCCCCUGGCCAGGGAAGAUCUGCACAAGGUGGAUGUGAUGACGUUUUGCCAGCAGAAGAUAACCACGGGCUGUGAUCUCUCAACACAGAGGGGCAGAGAUUCCUCUCUCCUCUGGAAACUCCUGGUCCUCCUCUGCCGGCAGAAUGGGUCCAUGGUGGGCUCGGACACGGCUGAGCUGCUGAUGCAGGACUGCAGGCGCCAGGACAAGUACAAGAGGCAGGAGCCUGCGGCCAGCCUGGUGGGCCUGGCGGACGACGAGUGGGCGUCGCGCCAGCCGGGCGCGCUGGACCUCAUCACCGGGGAGCUGCCUCCCGUCGUGGAGACGCAGGCACAGAUAGUGGAGAAGUUCACCAAGCUCCUCUACUAUGGCAGGAAGAAAGAUGCUCUGGUGUGGGCCAUGAGAAACCAGCUGUGGGGCCAUGCCCUGUUCCUCUCUAGCAAGAUGGACCCUCGGACGUACAGCUGGGUCCUCACCGGGUUCACCAGCACACUGGCCACCAACGACCCACUGCAGACCCUCUUCCAGCUGAUGUCAGGAAGGAUCCCUCAGGCAGCUCUGUGCUGCGGGGAUGCCACGUGGGGGGACUGGAGGCCCCACCUGGCUGUGAUGUUGUCCAACAAGGUCGGAGACUCGGAGCUGAACCACCGAGCCAUUGUCACCAUGGGAGACACGCUGGGCAGCAGGGGAGCAGUGGAAGCAGCUCAUUUCUGCUACCUGAUGGCAGAUGUUCCCUUUGGUUACUUCGGAGCAAAGGCAGAUCGCAUGGCCCUGCUGGGCAGCAGCCACCGCCAGGCGUUUUCCCAGUUCGCCAGGACAGAGGCCAUCCAGAGGAUGGAAAUCUUCGAGUACUGCCGGCAGCUACGCCAGCCCGAAUCCUUCCUGCUUCCUUUCCAGGUGUACAAGCUGCUCUACGCCUCGCGCCUGGCCGACCACGGGCUGCCAGCCCAGGCCCUGCAGUACUGCGAGCUCGUUGGCACCGCGCUCCUGCGCCACGGCCCGGCCGCGCACCCCGCGCUGGCCCGGCAGGUGGUGAGGCUGGCUGAGAGGCUGAAGCUCUGUGACCCUCUGCUCCUGGAGAUGCCAGAGCAGGAGCAGGCGCUGGAGCCCGACUGGCUGGAGCAGCUCCGAGCCUGCUGCCGGGAGUGGGAGGUGGAAGAUGAUCUUUCUCCAGAGGUGGCACCUGCUCAGCUGGAGCUGCCCUGUGCUGUUCUACCAACAGCAGAUGAAGAACCUGGCAGUGAGAUUCCCCAGAGUGAAAGCUACCAGUAUGACCAGUGGUUUGAGCCGGUGCCAUCCCAGGGACUGAGCUCCCAGGGGGAUGUGUCCCUCAGGUCCCCAGCACCUGCUCAGGUCGUGGCAUCGCCGCUGCCCAGCGUCGGGAGAGACCUGCAGCCCCCCGUGCUCGGCCAAGAGACACGUGCCCCGCUGGGAGGGGGUUUUGCUGAGCCCCCUGCCCAGCCAGUGCUGCCAGCAGGAGAAGCUGCGGAGCCCUGGGGUGCCAGGCUGUCCCCUGGAGGGGUGCAGCCAGCCCUCCCCGCAGAGCAGGAGGAGUUACCAGCCAGGACUCGGACUGUCUCAGAGACCUCCACUGUCUCCCUGGGGGACAGCCGGGCCUCCUUGGACAGUGCAGAUGAGGACACCGCUGAGGAGCGGGCAGAGGCCAUGAAGCCAGAGGAGGACAAGAGCUCUGGAUUCAGGUGGUUUGGCUGGUUUCGGUCGAAACCCACCAAGGAAACUUCUCCCAAAGCUGAGUCUGAGACAGGUUCAGACUCUCCCACAUCAGGACCACAGGAGCGGACAUCACCAUCCCCACCCAUUGCCCCUCUGGCAGCUGGGACAAACCCUCUGGCUCAGCCUCUCUCCAGAAAUCCUGGAGGAGUGGAGGGUGAAAGCACCUUUGCUGUUAGUCCAGUGUCUGCAGAGGGGAAAGGCUCCUGGGAGAAGGAUGGAAGGCAGUCAGCAGGACAGCAGACCGGCUACCCUGGACCUCUCCCACCACGGGCUUCAAUUCCUCUCUUCAACCCUGCCCAGGUUGCUCAGCUUCCUGCCCGACCCACCCAACCCAGGCUGCUUUCCCGGCAUCGCUACCCCAACCCACUGUGAGGUGGUGGGUAGGGAUGGCAGAGACCAAUUACACACAGUUUUUUUUAGCCAAAA